CAUGCUGCCACCGUGACCCUCACCAGGACAAGCGGAUUCAUAAACAAAUGGUCUGAUGGAGCAAAGGCACUCGGCGCAGCUCGGUAACAACAUGCAACAAUGCGACCAGUGUGCAUACAGCACGGAUCAUCCUGGACAUUUGAAACGGCACCAGAGAAUUCAUACAAAAGAGAAACCCUUCAUGUGCACUGUGUGCAAAAAGGCAUUUGCAUGCUCAUCACACCUUCAGAGCCACGAGAGAACACACACGGGAGAGAAACCCUUCCAGUGCACUGUUUGUGAGCAGGCAUAUUCAUCGUCAUCAGUUCUUCAAAUACACCAGAGAACACAUACGGGAGAGAAACCCUUCCAGUGCACUCUUUGUGAGAAAGCAUUUGCACAGUCAUCACACCUCAAAUUUCACCAGAAAACACACACGGUAGAGAAACCCUUCCAGUGCGCUGUUUGUGACAAUGCAUUUGCAUAUUCAUCUUCUCUUAAAAGACACCAGAGAACA